AUGGGUAAGGAAAAGGUUCAUAUCAACAUUGUGGUUAUUGGCCAUGUCGACUCUGGCAAGUCGACCACCACUGGACACCUCAUCUACAAGCUUGGAGGUAUCGACAAGCGUGUUAUCGAGAGAUUUGAGAAGGAAGCUGCUGAGAUGAACAAAAGGUCCUUCAAGUAUGCCUGGGUUCUCGACAAGCUCAAGGCCGAGCGUGAGCGCGGUAUCACAAUCGACAUUGCCCUCUGGAAAUUCGAGACCACCAAAUACUACUGCACUGUCAUUGAUGCCCCUGGUCACCGUGACUUCAUCAAGAACAUGAUCACUGGUACCUCUCAGGCUGACUGUGCUGUCCUCAUCAUUGACUCCACAACUGGUGGCUUUGAGGCCGGUAUUUCCAAGGAUGGUCAGACCCGUGAGCACGCCUUGCUUGCUUUCACUCUUGGGGUCAAACAGAUGAUUUGCUGCUGUAACAAGAUGGAUGCCACCACUCCCAAAUACUCCAAGGCAAGGUAUGAUGAGAUCGUGAAGGAGGUCGCUUCUUACCUCAAGAAAGUUGGAUACAACCCUGAUAAGAUCCCAUUUGUUCCCAUCUCUGGCUUCGAAGGUGACAACAUGAUUGAAAGGUCUACUAACCUUGACUGGUACAAGGGCCCGACACUCCUUGAGGCUCUUGACCUGAUCAACGAGCCCAAGAGGCCCUCGGACAAGCCCCUUCGUCUCCCACUCCAGGACGUUUAUAAGAUUGGCGGUAUUGGAACUGUCCCUGUCGGCCGUGUGGAAACAGGCAUCCUCAAGCCCGGGAUGGUGGUCACAUUUGGCCCGUCUGGCCUCACCACUGAGGUUAAGUCCGUUGAGAUGCACCAUGAGGCAAUGCAAGAGGCUCUCCCUGGUGACAAUGUCGGUUUCAAUGUGAAGAAUGUUGCUGUCAAGGACUUGAAGCGUGGCUAUGUGGCUUCGAACUCAAAGGAUGACCCUGCUAAGGAAGCUGCUAACUUUACCUCGCAGGUUAUCAUCAUGAACCAUCCUGGGCAGAUUGGUCAGGGCUAUGCCCCAGUGCUGGAUUGCCACACGUCCCACAUUGCUGUCAAAUUUGCCGAGCUUGUGACCAAGAUUGACAGGCGUUCUGGUAAGGAGCUUGAGAAGGAACCCAAGUUCUUGAAGAAUGGUGAUGCUGGAUUCGUUAAGAUGAUCCCGACUAAGCCUAUGGUGGUUGAGACGUUCGCUGAGUACCCGCCUCUUGGUCGUUUUGCUGUGCGUGACAUGAGGCAGACUGUUGCUGUUGGUGUUAUCAAGAGUGUGGAGAAGAAGGAUGCAUCGGGUGCUAAGGUAACCAAGGCUGCUGCUAAGAAGGGUGCUAAAUGA